UUUCCAAAACGUAGCUUGGACAGUUUGAACACAAACCUGCAGCGAUUUCGUGACAAUGGAUCGUUAGUGAAAAACGCCAAACACUAUCAAAAUGUGAUACAUGAUUGCUUCUUUAACAUCCCCCUAGAACAAGUGGCUAUACCAGGGCUCCACCUAACACUUGGGAUAUAUUUAAAAAUGUUCAACAACUUGGAAAGCUACUGUCAAGAAGUUGAUUUAAGAAUUGCCACAAUUCAUGCUCAAACUACUGAUGGUGAAAUUAAUAUUAAAUUUGCAGAGUUUAUGGCAAAUAUGAGAAUUUUAAUCAAUUUACAAAAUGAGUCAAAAGAAUUGGAGGACGAGUAUGAUAACCAGCAGGAACAUAUGAACUGGAUGGUUAUAUCUAAACAAAUUACCAAGGAUGAGUUUGAAAAAAACUACAAACCAGAGUUGGAUAACUUAGAAUUUGAACUGAAGGAGAAACAUAGAAGCAUAAAAGCAUUCAAAGAAAAGUACCAAUUGGAAAUUGGAUCUGGUCCUUGCGUAUCAUCCCUAGACGAUACACUGCAGGAGCUUGGUGUUGAGAGGCAGGCGUACCACGGAAAAAGCUUUAUUGGCAACCAUUGUCAUAAAAUGCUCAAGGAUGGCAACAUAAAGUAUUUAUGUGAUCGUAUUCCUGAAAUUGUACAGAAUCAAUGUGAUGAUCAAGUUUUAUAUCUGGAGUGUCAAGAAACAUGCAAGAAGUUUGAACAACUGUUCAAGCUGUAUGGUUCGUGUCACUCAAUAUUCAAUUCUUCAUGUAUUAUGACCCAAGAAAUGUUAUCAAAUUUAGAGACAUCUAUCAAUCAGUUCAUGUGUUAUUUAAGAGUUAAUUGGCCUUCAAUAUACAUCAGUCCAAAGCUGCACAUACUAGAAGACCAUGUAUUGGAUUUUGUAAACAAGUGGAGAACGGGCUUAGGUUUUUAUGGUGAACAAGGUGGAGAAUCUAUUCACCACGAUUUGCAUCGUAUGAGAAUAAAUUAUUCAAACAUCAAAAACCCAGUUGACAGGCUCAAAUACAUUAUGAAACAGCACCUUUUGACAACAAAUCCAGAAGCUCAAGACUUGAAGCCAGCAGCUAAAAAGCGUAAAUUUACAAAAGGCGAGGAAGAGUAGUGACAGAAUUUUCUACUAGCUGU